AUGGCCAAUGGAGCGUUGAAGGUGGCAGUGGCCAUCUUUUCUUUUACUUAUGGUAUAUUUACGCUGGUGCUAUACGCAGUUAUUGCCAUCGUCAGUGGUGUGCCUUUCCGAAAAACCACUGAAAAAGAGCGGUUGGAGUUUCAACUCGCAUCAGAUAGAUUCUGGAACCUCUCGAAGAAUUGGAAGAAUUUCUCACAUCGGUUCAUAACUUUGCGUAAUGGGUUCAAAGUUCACUAUCUUACAAACGUCUCGCCUGAUGAUGAAACCGUCGCCUCGAAUACUGGGAACAAGCCGUUGGUCAUAUUCCUGCAUGGGUUUCCGGAUAGCUGGCCAAUAUGGCGGCAUCUUCUCUCAUCCAGCUCUCUUGGAGACGAAAGCGUGAUGAUUGCACCAGACCUGCCAGGGUACGGUGGAACGGACUCGUUGGACGUAUACGGCCCUACCGAAAUCCUAGAGACGUUGACGGAGUUUAUAAUCACCGUGAGAGACCAAUAUAAAGUCGAUGAUGGUAAUGACCGAACCAAGAGGAGAGUUAUUAUAGUAGCUCACGACUGGGGAGCGAUACUCGCUUUUCGUCUGGCUGCAGAAGCCCCCCAGCUGGCAGAUAGGUUCAUCAUCUCCAAUGGGGUCCUGGUUGGCUUGAUGAACGAUAAUAUCCAUCUAUCGAUCGAGUCUGCCAAUAAGAUGUUCAAGACUUUCCUUAAAGAACCAUGGCGCUCACGGCAUGUGUUGUGCAAGUCUCUCAAGGCCCUGGCUCCGGUACUCCGUCAACUAAAGUAUUCCCAGUAUGUGUUUGUCUUCCACCUUCCCAUGCCGUUGGUUCGUUACCUGGGCCAUGGAGGCAAUUAUUCGUUUUUAAAGGCGAUCCACGAGCUAGCUGCAGGGAAAACCGGCGAGUUUACCGUCCGAGAUGCACAGGAAGCCAUGGCAGGCACUCUUGGGCCCAGCAUCGAAGAGCUAAAAACCAAGACGGCCGAUGGAGAAACAUACUCUGAAUCUGUCCGCAUACGCGCUAAACAGGGGAACUUCAAGGACGCAACAUCAUACUACCGGCAAGGAGCAGUGUCAGACCCUUGGCAAAAAUCUUUGGAAACUAUCUCUGCCCUGCAUAGUAUCUGUCCUGACGAACGUCGAAGAACGAGCUGCGGGACAGGCGUGUUCGACCCUGCCCCUGGGGCUCUAAAGGCAAACGCCACAGUCCUAUGGGGCAUGAAAGACCCUGCGAUCGAUAAUCACCUGGCCCUGGAUGGAAUAGCCGAUCGACUUGUCCAGGGAAGUCAACUAGUUGUGCUUCCUCGAUCUGGCCAUUUCACGCCCAUGGAAGUGGAGAGCAGAGGAGCAUUUGAAGAAGCAGUACUAUGGGCCGUCAAGGGUGAGACAGGCGAUGUUGGCCAAGCUGUCUCGUCUGUGUAUCCUGAAGCCAGAGUGGCCGCUCGCCGAUAA